AUGCUCUCGGGAAUUAUCAUUCAGCUCACAAUAUGGCACAAUAGCUUGGCUUGGGGACCAAUUGACCCAACCCUAGGCUUUAUAUCUCUGCCUUUCAAUCGUUCGUACUACCACAUCCAGAAGCCAUACGAUGUGCCGGAGGACCAACGUUACACCUUCUGCGACGGCGUCCACACUUGCUGGGUUUACUCCAUCGACAAGCCUCACACGCUCACGAGCCUAACCAAGCCUCGUACCGAGAUCGCCAUACAUGGAUACAACUAUUCUUCAGGAGUUUGGCAAUUCGAAGGAUAUGGAUACGUCCCGGCCGGGACAUCCGGCGUAUGUAUAAUGCAAGUGUUUGGAGCCACAAGCCCUCACGCGUCAACGCUUAUGCUAAGAGUGUACAAUGGCACGCUCAUGUACUACCGGAGCGUGGUCCUCGUUGACGAGAUCUACGACAAGUGGUUCCGAGUGAACGUCGUGCACGAUGCAGAUGCCUCGAAAGUGAAGGUGUACAUCGAUGGGUAUCUGAAAUUAGAGGCUGAUGGCCGUGGGGGGACAUCUCAUGCCUUCAAGUGUGGUGCGUAUGCCCAAGAGGGUGAUUCUCUCUGCAUGGAGUCGCGUUGGAGAGACAUCAAAGUUUUGAAAAAGCGCGAUUGA